AUGGUGUUCAUGCAAGGAAGCGAUUGGCAGCGGGAAGGGACGAGAAUUUCAUUAGAAUUGCAGACCCGUGGUUGGCCACCAUGUGCUUUGCAGUACUAUCACAAGCUUGUGUGCAUUAGCUUGACUUUCCGAGCUCCAUGCAAAUUUGAGUUUUUCUUUUUCACAAAGGAUUCCAAGUCACGCACAAUUUCCAACGAUCACAUCCACUAUCCGUUGCAAGCAUGGGGUGGGCAGAUGCCAUUGGAUGUUGUGUACCCAUUUACCAUGUGUCGCUUGGGCGCAGCUUGGAGGUUGGUGAAGUGCCCAGCAAAGCCGUUGGAAUUGCUGCAUCACUGGAACACAGAAGAGGGCACGGGCGCUGGAGAAUAUGUGAGAAAUGGCAGAGCGGCCAUGGAAUACUCACCAGGCACAGAGAGAUUGCCAGAGGAUGACUGGUGCUUAGCACUUCCUGUCAUGACGCAAGAUCGUGACACCGGAGACACGCGCAAUCAAAGGCUCCUAGCUGAGGGCCUGAACUCGGAAGACUUGCGGCUUCUUGGAGGAUAUGCUCGCAGUUUGCACCGUGGCGGUUAUGCGUCCUUUGCAGCACAUCUUCAAGAUGCGCCAUGCCAGCGGCGGCAGAAUCGCAUUUUGCAAGGUGAUCAAUUUGUCGGACUUUCAGACGGGCGUGUGGGUGUUUCCCUCCAACAUCUCCACCCCCUCGAGAUGCUCGAGACGCAGAACAGGCCGUGA